AUGUCCGACCCGCCCUCCCCAUCCCCACAUGAAUGGGCGGCACUACCCUUUUCUGAGCUGCUGCGAUCAGCACAAAGAGGGUGGCAGGUGCGAGAGCAAGCUCAAGCUCAACAACAAGCUCAGGUGCACGACCACUCUCGCCCUCAAGAACACUCUCAAUUUGCCUGGCAAUCCCCAGAAGACCAAGCCCAAUGGCAGCAAACAUACCCCCUACGUAGACGCAUCUCCAUUGCUAAUGGUCAGAUAAACGAGCUUAACGCAAACACGCUGGACGUAGAUUCGCUCUAUGCGUCUCAACCACCACCGCUGCCCUUAUCGUUUCCCUUGUCACCAAACACAUUCGCCUUCACAUCCACUCCCACACCUAUAUCCAAUAAGAUAGAGCCUAAACCGCCUCCUACGCCAUCUCACAAGGCACCCUCUAAGGCACCUCACAAGGCAACACUCUCGUCCACAAAGGCAACAGACCCUGAGACAAAACGAAAGAUCUUGUUGGAAAAAAACAGAAUAGCCGCCGUCAAGUCGCGCCGCAAGAAGAAGUUGAUCGAGAAAAACUUGAAUAAUAAUUUCAACGAGUUGCUACGGCAGAACAAAGCGCUCGAGGCAAAAAUCAAAUACUACGAUAAACUGAUUAACUAUUUGAUCAAAUUCUUGUCCAACCACAAGAAGGAAAACCCAAACCCAAACGAGUGUAAUCUCGAUAACCAACAGGUGUUGGAUCUCUUGUUGGAGUUCAACACCAUCAAAGCGUCCCUGGACGAUAACGCCAUUUCACAUUUACAAAGAUGA